AUGACUCUAGAAUUUGAAAAUCCUCCGUUCUUAUCUAAUAUCGGUUUAAAUUCGUCCUAUAACGAUGAGACCGAUUUUACUGCUUUGGAUCGACUGACUUCGAAAGUAAAGAAAUCUUCAGUUAUUUCUGUAACCCGAAAGGAAGGCCUCUUUGCCGAAGAAAAGAACCAAGAUAGUGGUGAAAUGUCCGGCAAAUAUUCAGAUGAUUACGAUAGCUACGAGGACGAUUUCGACAGCCCGAGCCCGACGAAAGAAGCUAGCCGAAGGUAUUCUAGAUCAUCGAGGCAUUCUCGUAGAUCGGAAAGAGAUCGUACUCCUUCAAGCUCACCGCCAAAGUAUCGAUCACGAUCAAAAAAGGCCUCUUCAAGGAGAGAUUCUUUUGCUUCGUACAGAAGUGCUUAUAGCACGACUAGAGGUAAACUUGCUUUUGAUUUAAAAGGUGUUUUGUAGACGUAGAGAUACGUUGUUUCGAAAAACUAUUUAUCAGACAUGUACUGUCGUGCUAUAAAUCCUCUCGGCUAAGCCGAUUGAUGUGUUAGAUGUUUCAUAAUUACUCAACCUGAAGGGGCUGUUCUCCCUCGACUCAGAAAUGAUAUUUGUUGCACAAAUAGACCGGUGUUUGGAGAUCAUGCAUGGUAAAUAGAGGAGUAGAUCGAAUUCCAGAAGCUAAAGAUUAAUCGUUGAGGGCUGAGCUGAGUGCAGCUCGCUUUCGGCUUACUGUGUUACAGGUGAGAUCUCAGCCGAUUUCUCGAAUGCUAAAGUCGCCACGAAAUAACCGAGAGAGUAUGCCAUGUUUAUUUUUUGUGGGGGAUAGUUUCUAAAAUACAUUCGGCCGCUCUAAUUUAUUUUCUAGUAUUAAUAAUUAAUCAGCACUGAAUUAAUUGAUUUGUCAUUUUGAACAGUAAUUUAUUAACUCAGACAGAAAUCUGUUUUUGUUUUGGUUUACUCCUUCGUAACACCAGAGCCUCGUUAACCAUUUUCCAAGUUAGGGUCCUGGAUUAUUUUUACUUUUUGCAAAAUGAGCCAAGACUAGACAUGUAUGAUUUUUCCUGAAACACUUUUCCACUGAACAUGAUUUUUAUCAAUAAUUAUCAAUGGCUAUACCAUCCAGAGCAUCAGCAGAGUAUUAAGACGGAAUCCACCAGGAAAUUGAGUAAUUUUAAUUUUCAGUGGACAAAAACCUUGUACCAGAAUAAUUUAAAGAAUAUUGGAUUCUUUUUUACAUUUUUCAAGGGCUAAAGAUGUAAUUAGUCAUCUGUAAUAACGCAUAAGAAAAUUUCUCAUGGGAAUUCAAGAAAGUGCAUGUCAAAUUUUGCAAACGUUGUGAAAACCCAGGUAAAAUUCUGAAAAUUUCAUUUGUAAGAUGUACUUUUGUGAAAUUUGACAUUUUCUUUGGCUCCCAUAAGAAAUUUUCUUUGGUGUUAUUACAGAUGACUAAUUACAUCUCUAGCCCCUGAAAAAUGUAAAAAAGAGUGCAAUAUGCUUUAUAUUAUUCUGGUACAAGAUUUUUGUCCACUGAAAAUUAAAAUUACUCAAUUCACUGAUGGAUUCUGUCUUAAUAUUCUUCAAAACCUGACUGUCUCCAACAUUCAUCAUGUUCUGAUCACUGGUAUGUGCUAGCUUAACCGGAAAAUCAUAUUUAACUUACACAUCCUCUGGGCUCCAACAAUUGAUGAAUAUUGCUUUAUUUGUGUGUGACUGUAUAUCUGCAUGUGUGUGUACAAAUGCACAUAAUGUACAUGUAUGUAUUACAAUACAUGCUUAUUGUAGGUAAACAUAAAAGUUAUUAGUAAUUUUGUUUUCAUUCAAAUCAUUAAUGAAAUGUUUGUUGUCUCUGCUACUUCUUCUAGGGCCUACAAAACCUAGGAACAAGAAAAGCCAAUCAGCCACCUCAAAAAUGACGACUAAAACAGCUGGAGGUGAGAGUUCCAUGAUGCGCCGUGUUUUGUCUGCAAACAAACACAAAGUGUCGAGGUUGGCAAAUAUCAUGGAAGAACUACAGCAGGAGGUGGAGGAGUUAAAGUUAGAAAAUAGGUCUUUAAAAAGGGUGAGCCAUCGUCAAGAAAGAGAAAUAAGAAAAAUUGACGAGGAGGAAGCAGCCUUACCGAUAUUGCUUCAAAGGCACAGUGCUGAAAUGCGAACAUUAAAAGAAAGACUGAAGAAAAAUCAGGAAGUCUUGCAUAGGAAGGAAAAAGAGUCCCAAGAUAGAGAUCAUGAGAUUCAGAAACUGAGAGACAAAGUUAAAAGCUACCGUGAACUUACACAGGAGAAAAAACUAGGAGAACGGGCUGCGCUAGCAAAAAAGUUAGAGAACGUUGAAAAUGAAGUGGCUUUGAAAGAUAAGAAGAUAAUGGUAAGUAAUGGUGAUGAAUUAAUUAAUGAUGUUGUCUCUUCCUCUCGUUUGUAUGAGGACAUCAUGCAAAUAUAGUGGAACUUCUCCUUAUAGUCAUCUCAGUCCAUAUUAUUAUAAACAAUUAUUGGAUGAGGUUUUUAUGAUAUCUGGAAUAAUCAAGCCGAAGCCGAAGGCUGAGGCUGAUAGCACUAACCGAGACCUUGAUUAUUCCGGAUAUCACAAAAACCGAAUCUAAAAAUUGUUUUAUUAUACAUUGUUUUGAAGAAAAAACUUACUUACUUACUUUCUUACUUCUUACUUUCUUACUUCGCUGUCCGCGAACUUGACAUUGCUGUCCGUGCACUUGACAUUGCUUUUGGAAAUCAUGCAUUGCGUGCGCAACCUACAGAUUAUUCACUAAUCUGUAGGUACAGAUUAGUGAAUAAUCUGUAGGUUGCACUGUUUCCCAGAAUUAAAUGUAGGCUUUUAGCCAAUGAGAAGACAGAUGGUGACUACAAUGUAUAAUAAUAAAUAAUAACUGCAUGAUGCUCAUUGGUCUUGAGAUACAUGUAUGGUUCAUGAGGGUAAAGAGUUAUGGAAAUGAUCAGAUGCAAUUUGUUCUUCUCUGUCUCUCAUGCAUGAUUUUUUUUUCUGCAAAAAAACUAAAAACAAAUAGACAGCAAUAAUUAUUUUUCAUUGUUGUAUACACUUAAUUGACCAUAGAAAUGAUGCCAAAAUGUUCACUUAGCUGUGUCUCAUAGUUUCACUUGGCUUUUAAACAUAUUUAUGACAUCCUUUCUUUUGUCUAUAAGUGGAUUAUUAUUGUUGUCUGUUUUUAAACAGACACAUGCUUUAAUGGACAGCUAGUAGUGUUCCCAGUUUUCAUUUUCAUGGUGACUUUCCUGCAUUCAUUAUUGUCUUAAUCAACAGCUAACAUUGGGUAGGCUUUGACAGGGAGGGGUGGAGGAAGAGGGUUGUAGACAGGCAUUUUCAAGAUAUUAUGCAAUUGGUUGUUUUUAUUUUUCGAAAUGUGAAUUCUAUAAACUAUUCUUUGUGUUCCGUGACCAAAAGGCUGAGUGUGACUAGAGAAAAACUCCAAUAAAUAAUCGGUGUUCAAGAUUUCAUUACUUAUUUUCUUGUGAUUUUCAGUUUUGAGACCUCUGGAAUAUGAAAAAAGACUAUGAAUAUGAAAAGAUCAUCAAAUGAGAAUGAUGAUGAUCUUUAUAAAGUUGCUAUUUGCAGUCUUCUUUUUCCUUUUCACCACUUUGCUGUUUUGCCAGGUUCUCUUUUGCCACUUUUAUCUUUGUGCAAGAACAAGGUAAAAUUGGUAAUUUAAAUGCUGAUUAACGUGACUAAAAAACUGAAAUGAACUUUUUGAUAUAUUCCGUGAUUUGUGAUUACAUGUAGUUUAUUUUUUUGGUCCAUGAACAAUGCCAGAAACUCCUCCUGUACCACCCUGAGAAAACAUGACUAGGUUAAAAAUCACAUAUCAGGUGGUUAAAUCCAGUUGACUAUACCAGCAAUGUUGCGUAGUUUAACCUGGGACUACUGAGAAAUUAGUCUAACAACUGGUUGGAGCAGGGUUUGAACCUAGUGCUUCUGUAGUGCCUAUCAUGUGCUCUGGCCACUUAGCCCUGCUGAGUGUGGUCACCAGUUCACUUGUGUGAUGACAUUUAACUCAGGUUUCAGUACAGCUUUACUCAGUUUGGACAUGAAAAAUUGCUCUUGAUGAAACUGAUCUUAACAUGCAUGUAUGUUAACAGUAGUCUUCAGUCUAGUGUGAAACAAAUUGUCUCUCUUUCAGUUCAAUUCACCAAUCUUAUCAGUUCUCUUCUACAUCUCAACUGCUAGAAAAAAAAAUUAAUCCUGAGUAAAAUCUCGCACCCUGGCUUUUAUCUUACCCCUAAGGGAAUAGAAAAGAUGCAUUGCUAUGUGUGAUCAACUUAAUCUAUUAUUAAUACUGAGGAUAGACCUGUUUACACUGGAGGAGGUUUAUCCCGAUUCUUAUGAUUCUGGAAUUAUUAAAUUUGAUAAAAUUCUGAUUCGCAGGUGUUUCCACUUCUUACAAAGUACUUGCCAUAGAUUCUUUAUUCAAAAUCUUUAUCUGCAUAACCAAAGUGUUUUUUUUUUUAUUUUGGAUUCACUCAUCUGUUUGUGAGAGCGAAAUAGAAUCCAGUGCCAAAGUGUUGCAUUUUCAUCAUGAAGCGGGAAAAAUCUCCUUCAGUGUAAACCUACACCUAAGUGUAGUAGAAACGUUUGUGCUCCUUCCAUAUUCUUCAGUUGUUUUUUAAAAAUACAGUCUUGUUGAAUAAACACCAUUACAGUUCUAUGUUUCCUAUACAAGUCUUAUUAUCCAACAAGAAUUUCAAAUAUUAAAUUAUGACCACAGACUCGGAUUUUGCAAUAACAUUGUAAUUAAUUAAAAGUGUAACUUUUUAGUUUUUCCUGAAAGACAAAUUGAAUACUGUUUUAACUGUUGGGUCAUCUCUGAUAAAAAUAUCUUGAAAAUGUUACCAGUUAUACCAGUGUACCAGAUAAAGAGGAAUACAUGUCCUUUCCUUUGUUGUUGUUUAAUUGUUAUUCCCUCUAUUAAUUUUUCAUAUGCUAACUUGACUAAAACAAUUAUUAAAAAAACAACACGUCAGAAAUGAGUUCAUUUAUCAUGACAUGGUAAUAGAACUGUUUCACCCAGCUGCUUUGUUCUCACAAUCUCUAGGAACUAGAGAAAGCCAUCUCCCUGAAAGACAAGGCUAGACAACGAGAAAUGAAAGAGCAAAAGGAUCGCUACAAACAUGCUAAAGAAGAGCUUCAAAGAGUGCAGGAGGAUUUCAGAUCACUGCGUGAGAGAUUACAGGUAACAUUACAACAACUGCGGUUUUCCACUGUCAUUUUUUACAUGAACAUGCAUGCUGUAACCUCCUGAAGGGUGAAAAUGAUAUGGAAGGAAGAAAAACAGUUGACAGUGAUGGAAUAACCACCCUAAAAAAAACUUUUCAUCAACUAAUACUUCGUAUAGACGUCUGCAGUGUAGGCAGUUCAUGUCUACAGCUCGUUAAAAGCAUGUAGAAUUUUCAUAAAUGUUGAUGAAAAAACAUUUAAAGCGGAAGCUUGUUUUUGUUGAAAAUUGAAUUCAGGAAUACACCUUUUUAAUAUGACUUUUUUAAUUUUAGACUCUUACCAACUGUUUAUAUAAAUUUUGCGUCUGGUUUUUCCUUAUGUAAUUUGGCUUCUGUCAGAAAUGUGGCGGAAAAAAUUAAGCGAUAUUUCCAUUACAAUUUUAGAAAUGUUUAGACCAAGAAUUCACCUUUUUUUGUUUUUGCUCUAACAAAACAAUCUUUUCUCAUUAAUUUAGUUGUUCACCUGUUUUUUAAGUUAAAAGCACAAAAUAAAGAAUUCGUUUAAAUGAUUCUGGAUCGGAAAAAACAAUAUUAAAAUUUAAAAAAUGUCUCACGCGGUCUUCUUCCUUCCCUCUGUAAUUUUAGUUUUCUUUUUCUCUUUUUUUUUGGCGUGAAGCAACAACGUUUCAGAUGGACAGCCCAUCGAUCAAUAGCGAGUCAGCACAAUAUGUAAUCGCAUUACAUUGAAUCCAUCGAAACUUUCCUAGAAUUAAGUCGCAUCUCUAUAAUUCAUUAAGAUGUAAUAUUAAUACAAAUGUGCCCCUCCCCCGCCCCCUGCUGCUUUCAAUAACUUUUUUUAUUGCGAUAACGGGGAGCACUUGUUUCCAAAAAAAGAGGGGAAAAACAUCAAGUUUAUUAAUUCACGUUACAUGUAUGAGAUGACUUUNAAACAUUUAAAGCGGAAGCUUGUUUUUGUUGAAAAUUGAAUUCAGGAAUACACCUUUUUAAUAUGACUUUUUUAAUUUUAGACUCUUACCAACUGUUUAUAUAAAUUUUGCGUCUGGUUUUUCCUUAUGUAAUUUGGCUUCUGUCAGAAAUGUGGCGGAAAAAAUUAAGCGAUAUUUCCAUUACAAUUUUAGAAAUGUUUAGACCAAGAAUUCACCUUUUUUUGUUUUUGCUCUAACAAAACAAUCUUUUCUCAUUAAUUUAGUUGUUCACCUGUUUUUUAAGUUAAAAGCACAAAAUAAAGAAUUCGUUUAAAUGAUUCUGGAUCGGAAAAAACAAUAUUAAAAUUUAAAAAAUGUCUCACGCGGUCUUCUUCCUUCCCUCUGUAAUUUUAGUUUUCUUUUUCUCUUUUUUUUUGGCGUGAAGCAACAACGUUUCAGAUGGACAGCCCAUCGAUCAAUAGCGAGUCAGCACAAUAUGUAAUCGCAUUACAUUGAAUCCAUCGAAACUUUCCUAGAAUUAAGUCGCAUCUCUAUAAUUCAUUAAGGUGUAAUAUUAAUACAAAUGUGCCCCUUCCCCGCCCCCUGCUGCUUUCAAUACCUUUUUUUAUUGCGAUAACGGGGAGCACUUGUUUCCAAAAAAAGAGGGGAAAAACAUCAAGUUUAUUAAUUCACGUUACAUGUAUGAGAUGACUUUCUUAUUCGGUAGCAGGAAAAUCGCCCCGUGCAAGGGAAUCCAGGUUCAAGAAUCCGGGAAUUUUUUUGCUUGUGGAACUGGUGGGAUCCUAAGCUUUAGAAUCCGGAAUACAUCUCAAGGAAUCCAGAAUCCCACUGACGAUUGCAAUCCAGAAUCCAAGACUGUCUUGGAUUCCUUUAUAUAAGGCAAAGAAAAUCUACUUGUCCAUGACAACCAACCGGGACUUAAGAAAAAGACCUGGCCAACUUUUUAUGUCUUUAAUAAUUUGUAUGACCCUUUUGUCAGUAUUAGAGCUUUAAAGUUUAAUUAUCCCAUAUGUCUUAUUUUACAGGAAAAGGAAAAAGAGUUGGAUGAGAAGAACAUUUACCAUUACCAAAUUACUAAACAGAAGAAGAAAGGCGCUACAUUGCCAGCCCUCCCCGCUGAGCCCCAGGCUCCUGCUAUUAGCGCUCCUGUUAUUCAUGCUUCAAAAUCCGCGGAUACCCAAGAGAAACGGGCAAACGUGUUUUUAACAAACGCACCGAGUGAUACUGGCUCAGUGUUAACGGAUGAAGUGGAGAGGUCUUUCAAAGUUGAAGUUCGACAGGAUAAGCCGACUGUUUCUGAAGCGGCUAAACCAAUUGUGUUAGAAGCUAAUAAACGUGAUAAGGAUGAUGAUGAUAGACUUAGAGGGGGCGCAGAGGAACGGAGUAGACUUGACGAAGAUGAGCGACGAAGGCGCUUGGAGGAAGAAGAGCUGAAGCGGAGAGAGGAGGAAGAGAAGCGAAAAGCAGAGGAAGAAAGACGGAGAAGGGAGGAAGAAGAAAAGCUAAACAAACAACGGGAAGAAGAAGAACGCUUGCGAAAACAGAAAGAAGAAGAAGAGAGAAAGCGGUUCGAAGAAGACGCGGAAGUUCGGCGAAAGAAAGACUUGUUGUUGGCUCGGAUGCGAGCGAUAGAUACAGGUAACGAUAAACCAGACAGUGGUGUAACAGUAGGACAUACUGCGGAUCCUCCUGUUAAUGAUAAACCCAAAAAGCUACCAAUCUUUCUUCAGAGUGACCAACCAGAGCCGCAGAAAGCAAAGCCUGCGCCGAAAAGUGUGGCCUCUGACGACGAUGUUUUUUCUGAUAUCGGAGGGGAUAGAAAGAAACGGAGCAGUGCCCGUUCCAAACAUAGUAGCUAUUCCUAUGAUUUCAAACAAACUGUGGAGAAUCUUCAUCAUGGACUUCCCGCCCAUGUGUCACUUGAGAACAUUAAAGAUCAAAGCGCCAAAGUAGACGGCAAGGACUCGUUGUCGGACGAUCUUAGCAUUGGUUCCUAUAAACCAACACUCGGCAGAAGGGCUGCCGCGAAAAGAGACAGUAGAGAAAAAGAUGAACUCUCAUUCGGAGGUUAUAAUCCUUCUUUUGGCGCGAAAAAAGACACGACGCGGAAAAACAGUGGUCUUGACUUCGGGACGGGGAAGAAAGCUAUACCCCAGAAAGAACAAAAUGGUGUAAUACUUGGUGAUUAUAAACCAACGUUAGGCGGCGCAUCCACUAAAACUGCUUCAACUCAGCAAAACGGGGAUAUAUUUGGUGACAGAGACAGUCAAGUGCGGAAUCGAAGAACAAGAGGCUUCGCAAGUAAAGGGGCAUCGGUGUUUGGCGAUGAUCUGUUUGAAAAUGAUAAUCCUAAGCCAACAGGAGAACCUCUGUUUGGGGACAAGUCAUUAAACAAAGACAAAUCCUCCUAUCCGUGGGAGAAUAAAGUAGACGUCACACGGAAAAACAGUGAAGGGGAUUCUUUACUACCUCGGCGUAGAGUACACUUGCAACAAAACGUUCGCGCUGUGAACAAUGCGCUAGGCGACAUUGAUGACGAGAUUGAAGAAGUUAUUCUUUAACAUAAUAUAGUCAGAGAAAGUUUUAUACAAAUUUCUUUAUAUCAGAGGUAAAUUUUAUGAAAUAGGUCGUGUUAUUUUCCAUCUCGUUUGUCACGUGUGGUCUCUCAGUCUGUGAAAGUAGUGUUAAAUCAUGAUGUUUUAUAACAAAAUGUUUUUUUGACCUUAUAUUCAAUAGAAGUACUCAAAG